AUGGCCUUUUUGAGCCCUACUACGGUGUUUGUCGCCCUCGUUCUCGUCUAUAUCUCGUCCUUCGUCCUCUUCGCGAUCAUCCGCAUCGCUACCGGUGUUUCCAUCCAGCGGAUCGGCUACUUUUCACUACGGCACAUCGCAUAUUCGCCGCGGGAGGGGGUAUAUAUCAAGUUCGGAGGGAUUGGGAUUUCAGUGCAUAGACCGUCACUCGUCCAGCCUACAUACGUUAGUCUGCGGAUUAAACGGGCUACCGUUGCUCUUGAUCUGAAGGCCCUUGCGAGCUCGCGUCGGAGAGCUGCUGCGGCUGCUGCUGCGCAUACGCCGGAGGGUUCGACAAAGGAUGGAGCUGGGCUGGUAUCAGAAAGAGAUGCCGUGGGUAACGGUGACACCAAUGGCAACGGUGAUGGAAAGGCUAAGAAGUCAAUGUCGUGGGAGAAGACGUGGAAGACGCUGAAGGGAGUUAAGGAGAGACUGAAGCGUUUGCUCAGGCAGAUCAAGUGGCUGGCUUUGAUUGAUAUAUCGGCCACGGAAACUACACUUCGCAUACGAGAUGCAGGAGAGCUUCAUAUCGGUGCUCUUACCAUGUCCCUUGAUGCUAGGCGUAAGGUUAUGCAAGGUGGGAAACAGUUUCGUCAGAGUGAAGACGCUCCGGGUGAGAAACGGUUCCCUGAGUGGAUAUUCAACGCCCGCAAUAUACUUCUGGCCGUAGAUGGCUGCGAGCACAAGGAGAUUUUUGAUAACAUCGGAAUAAAUGUCCACGGCCUGCUUCACGGCGUGGAAGGGUUACGGGAGGUCUCUAUUUCAGUCAAAGUGGGGAGACUUCAUAUCCCGUAUGACGAUGUUCGCUCGAUAUUGCUACGAAUCAAGGGGCUCUCGUUGCCAGAUGACACAACCCCAGACGCUGGGACCUCUUGCGAAGACACAGAUGACGAAACUGCGUUGGGAAAUAUUAUGGAAGAAUCAGAUACUGAACAGCCGGAUACCCAGCAAGAGGAGGUAGUGACCCAUCACCUUACCGAAUCGAAGGCCUUCCUUACUUCUUUGAUACGGGGAAUCCAGGACUUCCAACUCGCCCUAAGUUUCUUCCGUAUUUCAAGCACCGUGAAAAACCCAGAGCCCAUGCAAAAGCCCCUCUACCUUAAUUUUUAUACUCACGAAGUGGGUAUUGACUUUCAUAGAAUGGACCCAGCCCACCCAUCCCACAGGAUGUACUUUCAGCGUGAUGAUGUUGCCCAUCAGGCUUUGAUAGCCGCUAUAUCUUCGUCUAUCUCUCUAGGUGAGAAUAUAGACGAACACGACAAGAUGAUAUAUAUUCCUAUGGCUACAACGACUAUCAAAACAACUCUCCCUUCCAAAACCAUGACAUUGGCUGGUAGCCAUCGAGAUGCCGCUGAGCGGAAUUCGAAUGUCAUCUUUGCCAAUUUCGUUGUUACAUCUCCCUCUAUGGACUUGGAACCACGACAUCUAUCAAACGUCCUAGCCCUGAUACAGGCAAGAGGACCCUCUUCAAGCUCCGGUUCUCAAAAAAAUCACUUUCUUAUGUCUCGUUUUCUACCAAAGGCUGUGAUCAAACUCUCAGUCCACGAACCUGUUCUUCGCUUUGCGCUCCCGACCUCAGACUCAUCAAACCCAUCUGACUAUAACUUGCUUGUUUCUUCCAUAUCCUCUAUUUCACUGGACAUCGAGUCUUCUCAUUCAGCUGCGGAGGGUGCUCAAUAUUCCCUGAUCGCCACAUACCGCAUUUCCUCUCAUUUGAUUUAUUACCAAACCGCGUUGGGGGUCAGGCACCGUCUUCUAGCCACAGAUACCAUGGACCUAAAGUGUUAUAUAAAUGUAACAACUGAGAUUGCAGUUGCCAUUUCAGGUUCUAUGAAUACGUUUUCGGUUCAUAUACUUAGCGGGGAGGUAACUCGUGGCCUACACCAAGCCGUUGAGCAUCUGAAGAGACUUAUUCCUUCAAAACGUAAUUCCUCUCACGAUGCGCCAUCAUCUAGCCUGCUAAGGCGCCUGCCCCCUUGGCUUAUUCGUUUCCAAUUUGAAUCUUCUGCUUUUAGCAUUGAGGUUGCAGGUUCAGAUUCUACAGUUGGCCCUGCUACCAGAGGAAUCGUCUUUCAUCUGGGUGAAUGGUCAGUAGAGUAUCAGCUCCAAAAGCCAAAGCCGAACCCACGAUCUCUACGGCGCCGAACUCCUAGUCACUCGGCUAUCUCGGACGACCCAUUCAGGUUUACUCCUACCUCGCCCUCUGGAAAGUCAUAUUCCCGUCCGUCAGACGGCAGAAGGAUAACGCUCAGUGUCAGUCAAUUGGAGAGUUUCAUCAUGGAGUCUGUUGACUACAUGGAACCGGAUGCUUUUCUCUCUGUGCCUAAAUUCGAAAUUGCCCUUACCACAUCGAGCGAUCUUCAAGGCCCUAUCUUCCAUAUUAAUUCCAUUGUUCACGAGAUUAUUGUUAAACAUUCGCUCUACCGAUGUUACGCAAUAGGAAUUGCAGCGACUACCAUUAACGAUGCAUUUUUCAAAUCUUCUUCUAAGGUGGACUUGCACGGACCAAAACGUAGAUCGUCCUCGUUGAGAGCCCCCGGAAAGGCAUUGAAAACUGAACUCACUACCUUUGAUAUCAAAGUUCCGUCGAUCCAGGUCCAGGGCGUAAUGCCAUCAGAUCCGAAGAUACUGCUUCAGGUGUAUGGACUUGUUGCUGGCCGACACCGUUGGUCGCCACCUUUCAUCCGAUCACAUCUAAUUCGACUCCAUGUGGAACCCCCCAAGGCCAGAAGAACGUGGACCAGAAUUAUAAGCGUUGGAGGCAUUCGUGUUGGACUUCGAGAAAGCAGGACCAAGCAGGCAGAAACGCUGGGCACCACGAAAUCAUAUGACAUCUCCGCAGAUUUCAUCCGUGUAGCUGUUCCUCCACAUAUGAUCAUGUACCGUGUGUUUGAUAAUUUUGUCAACACGUUCAAAGCAUUGGAACUGCUCAAUCACCGUAUGAAGACCAAGUCAAGCUCCGCUAAUAUGACCAAGCCUCCAAGUGGACCAAAACGUGUACCCAAAAUAUCCCUACGAAGCAAAUCGAUGGUCUUUGAGAUAGAAGACGAUCCAUUCGAGUGGAAGCUCGGGUGUAUCUAUCGUCUCGGCCUUCAAGAGCAGAAACAACGUCUUGCUCGCGAGGAAGCAUAUCACAUGAAGUUGAAGAAAGUGAGAGAAAGUCAAGAUGAUCGCUACGCCACCCUUCGUCUCAGGAGCCAAAAUGCCAGGUCCUUUACGGAACGGCCUUAUACAGGCUCCCGUAGAAGUGGUGAAUAUCCAAGGAGUGUCAGUGCGGACAGUCGACCAAGAAAACGGUCUAGGUCAAGGGGUAGAAACGCUUACUCAAAAGGCCGGUACGAUACGAGCCAGUUACCGACUUUCUCUGACUGCAGUAUUCUAUCGGCAGACGAGGCUUGGAACCAGCUUCAGGCCCAUAAUGCGCGCUCUUGGAAGAAAAAAAUCGACAAUUCAAUCCGGUUUCAGAAUGCAGCGGUUAGAGAACUCCGGUCACUGUUUGUCGGAGCUGAUAAAACUCCUGACGGAAUACCUGAACUUCCGGGGGUGAUUCCAAUUCCAAGUCGACCAGGUUUACUUGCCAUUAGGAUAACGGACUUUGGAUUCACUCUAGAUGCACCAUCAUUCCCACUCCAUGAAUACCCUCAAUACCUGCAUAGGAUUGGGAAAGGUAUGCCCUUGGAUAUGAAAUAUGCGCUUUUGAUACCGAUGAGCAUCCGGCUGGAUAUGGGAGAAGCCCGCUUCAACCUGAGAGACUAUCCUCUUGAUUUAAUCCAUAUACCUCCCUUGGGACCGGGACAAUCUGCGCGUGUCCCAGCGUGGUCCCUGAAGACCGACUUUGUCAUAGCCGAAGAAUUUCGCGGGCCCGAAUCUUCUCGUCAGGUCAUCGUUAAUAUUGUUCCUCCAUCCGUUGCUUCUGAUGGCAUAAUGCAAGAUGGGUUUUCACUUGAUGUUCGCAGAACAGUUGCUCCCGUGAAGACCUAUUCUAACCCAACAAUUGAAAUCAACACUAAUCAGCCUACCACGAUAUCUUGGGGAAUGUCAUAUCAACCAGUUAUCCAGGAUGUCAUGAAGAUCAUUGAGAACUUUACAAAGCCUGAGAUAGACCCCUCUGAGCGAGUUGGGUUCUGGGACAAGAUACGACUAAGCUUCCAUUCAAGGCUACUCUGGGUUUGGAAAGGAGACGGUGAUGUUCAUUUCCGAUUAAAAGGCUCCCGUGAUCCAUACAUUGUUACCGGCUUUGGUGCAGGUUUCGUCAUGUGUUGGCGUAAAGAUGUUCAAUGGGGAAUCCGUACCAAUGACGACCCCCAGGAAUUCUUUGCAGUUACCAGCGGCGAAUAUGUCCUUGCUAUACCUGAUUAUAGUCGUCAAGCAAGGUAUUCAUAUGAAUCACCAUCGUUCAAUAGCGGCACUGCCAGAUUCGGAAAAAACGAGGCAUUAUUCAAGAAGGUGAUAAUGAAACUUUCAGGAAACGUCCGCUGGCUUGCAGGCUUGGUAUUUGAACGAAAUACGAAUGGCGCUGAUAGAUGUUUCGACUUCAAACCUCAUUAUGAGGUUGUUCUCCGCAAUCCUAUGUAUUUGAAUCCCCACGAAUUAAAGGAUUAUGAUGCAUUCCGCGGAUUUAGAAGCAACCACAUACAUCUUUCGUUAGCUGUUGUUGCACCUGUUGCUCGAGAAUGGACCCUCACCAACCGAGAGCCAUCGGCUUCGUACAAUACCGUACAUCUCACCCCUAAGUUCUUUACCCAUUUCUUCAGCUGGUGGUCUCUCUUUUCUGGAGUUAUGUCACUUCCGGUCCGUCAAGGGCCCCUUUUCCCUGGGUUAACGAAGACAAGUAAAAAGUUUAGCCGUCAUCUGGGCACCAUUAAGUACAAACUUUUCCUCUCUCCGCUCUUUGUCUCCCAUAUCUACAAGCAUAAGGAUCCAGAGGAUUAUAAGGAGGACGUUGUAUAUGCAACUGGACUGAAAGUGCGGCUGGAUAGCUUCAUGCUUGAUCUUCACCAGCGGCGGGAAUAUACUACUGUGGUCAAAGGGCGACUGGAGCCAACGAAAGCAAGUUCUAUGAAAAUCAAUAGAGCACAGUUAGAUUUCAUAUCAGCCGAUUGUCGCGCUGUAUCAUCGAUUGGUAACUCUGUUCUAGCAGAGCACGAGAAAGAUGGUACCAGCCCAACAUACCCGGAUAUGUCCCAACCUGCAGAUAUCUCGAACUUUACCAUUCCAGACGAAGAUUUGAACUGGAUUGAUAUGGAUGACUUCGUCGAAUUGGAUUGGGCCCUUCCCGUGGAAAGGAACCCGAGAACGCAAAUACUCCCACUGGCGUUCUCGCCUCGGUUUUCGUUCUUCCGUCAAACAGACCAUAUCAAAGUAGGGCCGGAUGAACCAGGCUAUAGCCCCUUCGGAGACGAGCCUACUCAUAUCUGUGUCAUGUCACAAGACCAUGACCCCCGACGGGUACAGAUUGAGCUGCUUAAGGAACGUCUUAAUGUCUUGGAGGCCCAAUCUUCGUCACAUCAUCGUGUUGUUGGUGAAUUCGAACUACGUUCUAUCCGCGAUGGUAUAGCUGACGAAGAGUCUCGAAGACAAUAUGAAACGCUGGUUAGACACGGCCUUUCCCUCGAACAGCGACGAAAGUUCCUACAAGAUGAACUGCAACGACUCGAAAAGCAUUUUGUCCAAAAUGGUACUACCAAUGGGUCUCAUUCACAUCGCAGUAGCGAAAGUGGUGAUCUUUUAAUAUCUUCCACUGAGGACGAGUUCGCGAGCGAUUUCGAUAACCGCUUCGUCAUCCAUAACAUCCAAUUGAAAUGGAACAACUCCCUGAGAAACAUAAUUCUACGAUAUAUACAUCAAGUCAACCAGAGACGUGGGUUUGUGUACUACAUGUCACGGCGAGCAGUGAAGUUCAUUCUUGAUAUUGUCGAUGAGCAAGUCAAGGCAAAACGUCGACAUAUGGGCAAAAAACAACAAACACCAUGGAGUGUUGACCCUCGCCCUCAUAUUGAAAUUGAAAGAGACGACGAUAUGUCGACCGAAGAGCGUAUCGAACAACUCCUUAAUGAUGCAAGUCGAUUUGUGGAUGCAGAACCGCCAACGCCCGGAGAGAGCAAGCACCCCACGCUAAGCUCAAACUCAAGUAGCAACAUCUCUCCUGAAUUUACACCGCAGAACAGCUAUCAUCUGAGACUCAUUGCUCCCCAAAUUCAGCUACAGAGCGAGAAGAAUAAGAAAUCUGUAGCUGUGGUGACUGCUAAAGGGAUGCAACUAAAGGUCGUGUCCAUUAUGGAUAAGCACCGAGUAUCUGAUGAUGUUAGUGGACUGGUACAACGACAGUUCACGCUUAGCAUGGACAGUGCGCAGUUUUUCGUUGCAGACCAAAAGAGUUUCUCUAGUCAUAUUCAUCUAUACUGUGGAAAUGGAUACGGAAACGCCCCGGGCACCUCGUGGCCGCCUUGGGUAUCCGUGGAAGCCAUGUUCGACUUUGAUAUUGAUCUUUCUGGAUUUUCAAGGAUCAUUCAGAAAACUUCCGCAAGUUUACGCUAUGACAAGUUCAAUACCUUGCGACUGAAAUUCAACGAAAAGGUUGCUGGUGAAGAAGCAGAAGAAGACAGACAUGCCGCCUACCCUACUGAACAUCGAAUCGAUCAAAUUAGUGUUGACUUUCCACAAGUGCGGGCAAUUUGUGAUUCAUCGCAGUAUUACUCCUUAUAUAUCAUUGCUCUUGACCUUCUCAUGUAUAGUGAGCCUCGGGAGCAAGUUCGAGCUGAGAAACUAGAGAAGAUCAUGUUAGCAUCGGACUUCAGCGAUUUACGGGGUGCACCGGAAAUCGUCAAUCGUCUCCAGGAUCGAAUUCGCUAUCUUGAAGAAAUCAAAAGCCUGUUCCAAAUUCGUGGCAAAUACCUUGACAAACAAGGGUUAGCAGACCGAAUAACCCUGGAGAAAGACUUGAUAACAUGUGAGGAUGAGCUGUUCUUUAUGAUGAAAGCUAUUACAACGUCUCAAAGAAAGAGUGAUGACCGUGCAAAAUCCGCAUCGAGCGGACUCUUACACUGGACACUUGCUGCAACGGAAAUCGUUUGGCAUCUCAUGACGGAUGGUAAAGAGCCAAUAGCGGAAUUUCAGCUGAGAGACGCGGCAUAUGGUAGGACGGAUAAUAUUGACGGGUCAAACUAUAACACAAUAGAAGUUGGGAACAUAUAUGGGCUUAACUUACUACCAGAGGCACUGUAUCCUCAAGUGAUUCUUCCAUACAAAGACGACCAUCGAGGAACCCAACCCAAAGACGAGGGUAAAAUGCUUCAAGUCAAAUGGUACAUGCUGGAGGCUAUUGCUGGAAUUCCAGUGCUCAAUGACUUUGAAGUUACUCUCUUCCCUCUCAAGGUGCAACUGGAAAGAGAACUAGGCCAGAAGCUGUUUGAAUACGCUUUUCCAGCUGCCGGACCCAAUGCCUUUGAGAAUGGGGGAUUUUCACCAUUCAUAAUCAAACAGAUAGACCCGCCCAGCGACGAUUCAGAUAUUGACACAACCAGUGGUGUUAAUACUCCGGCGAUGAGCACCGCCAGUACAUCCACAGACGAACGGCCGACUUCUCGUCUAGGGACUGUUGAGCAGCGGCUAACGCCUACUCUAGCCUUGCCUGACAAACGCCGUUCCUAUUCCCCUGGAAGGAUCAAAAUGUCUAUGCUGAUGACUCCAAUAAUCAAGGACCCUCCAGCCCCUCAAAGGCAUAAAGAUGACGAUGAAAGAAGUUUUUCUACGUCACAUGUACCUACUCGGCGCACUUUGGCAAAGAAAGCAUCAGCGGAUAGCCUUACUGUGCUGAAACGACAAGCUUCAGAUUGGUCUCUCAGAAGCCAGGCUGGAUCUAAAGCUGAAGAGAAGCCAAAAAGGCCUACCCUUAAACGACAGCAUACCAAAGUAAAUCUAGAGAAGGCAUAUGGAGCAGAUGAUCUUUCUCGGAUGAUAUCUCGCGCCUCAAAUUUCAUGAUUCUUACUCAUGUAAAGAUCAAUGAUGUUGUACUUUGUUUAAGCUACAAGGGCAAAGGAGAGAGGAACAUCGAAGACAUCCAUGACUUUGUUUUCAGAUUACCCGUUCUCGAAUACCGAAACAAGUCAUGGUCUAACCUGGACCUUGCUCUGCGGCUAAAGAAGGAUGCUAUAAAGGCUUUGAUUUCGCAUGCACCGGCAAUAUUAGGCAACAAAUUCUCCCACCAUCGACCAAGCAAGCAGCAACAAAAGCGUUUGCGAGAGCUAGCUACCUCUUCUCAAUUGUUAGACGGCCAGUCGAUUCUGAGUGCGCCCCACUCCGAUGGCUCAAAUAGUAUCGCCAGCCGUACUUCAACCGAAAGAUCUGCCUCCCCUGCUUUAUCUUCGAAUUCGCAUGCUUUCCAAACCGAUGGUGCAUCAUCCAUAGGCUCUGUUGGUAUUCCACCAAGAAGCAAAACGGCACAUUCCGAUCUUGGCCCCAUGGGUUCUGCUUCAAUAGAGGAUGAAGAAGAUGUCAGUCAAAUAUAUUCGUAA